GACAGGAAGGAUAGCGGCCCCCCGCCGGUGUCGUGGGUGGAGAGUUCACUUGAGGCGGCGCGCCCGUACGCGAUGCUCGCUCGUCUCGACAAGCCCAUCGGCACCUGGCUCUUCGCUUGGCCCUGCAUGUGGUCAAUAACAAUCGCGGCAAUGCCGGGGGAGCUCCCUGACUUGAAAAUGCUCGCACUCUUUGGAUGUUUAGCUAUCCCCAUGAGGGGAGCUGGUUGCACAGUCAAUGAUCUUCUCGACCGCAACAUUGAUAAGAAGGUUGAGCGCACCAAAAUCAGGCCUCUUGCAUCAGGCGUUCUAACUCCUUUUCAAGGAUUGUGCUUCCUCGGAUAUCAACUACUAGUUGUAUUGGGUUUUGUUCUCCAACUGAACAACUUUAGCCGUGUUCUCUGGCUUUCUUGGCUUCCAUUGGUGUUUUCAUAUCCCUUGAUGAAGAGGUUCACAUUUUGGCCUCAGGCAUAUCUCGGCUUCACAUUCAACUGGGGAGCUUUGUUAGGAUGGGCUGCUAUCAAAGAUAGUUUAGAGCCCACUGUCAUCCUUCCAUUGUACAUUGCUGGGAUAUGUUGGACAUUGGUGUACGAUACCAUAUAUGCACACCAGGACAAACAAGAUGACCUCAAACUAGGAGUUAAAUCCACAGCCUUAUGGUUUGGAGAUUCAACCAAGCACUGGAUUAGCGCCUUUGGUACUGCAGUGAUUGGUGGUUUAGCACUUAGUGGCUAUAAUGCUGAACUUGCUUGGCCAUACUACUAUUUUCUGAUAGCUGCAGCCGCACAGUUGGCAUGGCAGAUUUCAACUGUUGACUUAUCUAACCGCGUAGAUUGCAACAUGAAAUUUGUCUCAAAUAAGUGGUUUGGAGCCUUGGUAUUCAGUGGGAUAGUUUUCGGUCGACUUGCAUCAUUAUCGAUACAUCAGGCGUGA